AUGGGCGUGGCAAGAGAGGUCGUCCAACCCGGCGACGGCCAGAAUUAUCCCCAACCAGGCGACACCAUCACCAUCCACUACGAUGGCUAUCUGUACGACGAAAGCCAAUUCGACAGCUCCAGACAACGAGAUGCGCCGUUCAAGGCUCCGAUCGGGGUUGGGAAGCUCAUCAAGGGCUGGGACGAAGCCGUUCCGCAGAUGAGCGUGGGAGAAAAGGCGAUCUUGACGGUAACUGGUGAUUAUGGAUAUGGGGCAUCGGGAUUCCCUGAAUUGAUUCCACCGCAUGCUACUCUUGUUUUCGAUGUGGAGCUUAUCGCGAUUAAUUAG